AUGUUCUCGUGUGUGAAACAGAGGUUUUUAAAAAAUAAUACUAAUCAUAAUUUGAAAUCCAUCUUUAUAUCAGUCUACAUACUUAUGACGCUUAUUGGUAUAUUCCCUUAUAGUCUGAAAUUUAAUUCGAAAAGCUGCAAAGUUAUCAGGCGAUCAAUAUAUCUUAAUGCAAUGUGUGCAGUCACUGUCAAUAUUGCAUUGUUAGGAUUUCUUUUCUUUCAUGUACAACAUGUUGUCUUGUACACAAGAUCCAGUAGUUUUACUGAAACUAUCACAACGCAAAUAAACUAUAUCUUGGAAUUGGUAAAUUUGAAUCUUGCAACAUUUGUGGCUUACAUUUGGGCCUAUAAAAAUAGAUACAAUUAUAUCAAAAUAUUAAACUGCCUUUCAUCUUCUUGGACGGAACUUCCGACUUAUGAAAAUCGUGUAUUGGACAAGUUGUAUAUUCAAGUUCAAACUUGUGCUGCAAUGGUUGCAAUGAUAUUCGUAAUUAUGGUGUGUGUGAACUUUUCUAGGGAUGACUCUUUGUGGAAGAUACUUCUAGUUUCGUUUUCUUUCAACUUGCCUAUGAUAAUACAAAUAAUAAUGAUAGCCUUCUACAGCAGCCUCAUUCUAAUGGCUGUAGCGUCUUUAGCUAUUAUAAAUGAGAAUUGUUUAAAUUUGAUAAAAGAUAAGAAAUAUCCAAUGGGAUAUUUUAUUAAAGUGGAAAAUCGUUCAGCUACUGUUACUCUGAGGCACCUGGAAUUAGUUUACGUAAAAGUCAUAGAAACGAAACGGGAGAUAAAUGCAGCAUUCGAAGCAUCGAUCCUGGUGACUUUACUCCAAUGCUUCCACUGCAUGGUGAGCGAGUCGUACAUCAUCUACCACGGGAUCGCUGUCAAGAAAAACUUUUCAUUUCAUGAGACUUUCAAUUGUACAUUGUGGUUAGGAUAUCAAGUUCUAAAAAUAUUUGCAUUGGCAUACACUGGUGAUAAGCUCAAAUGUGAGGUCUCAAAGAUAGGGCAAAAUAUCCACAAUAUUCCUGUAGAAAAAAUUGACCAAAGGAUGUUGCUGGAGAUACAACACUUUUCUUCGCUCGUCUUGCAUCAAAGUGGCGAUUUAACUGUUUAUGGCUUCUUCGCUAUCGAUGCUACUUUAUUAUUUCAUAUACUGGCGUCAGCAGCAAUGUAUUUAGUAAUUCUUUUGCAGUUUGAUAAUUAA